UCUCUCAUUUUCAUUGAUCCUCUCUCCUCAUUUCCAAAUAUCUCCUCCAUCCUCCAUCUUCACCUCCUUCCCUCCACUCUUCUCUCCCUCCCUCUCUCUCUCGUAUUGCCCUCCUCUCUUAUUCAUUAUCACCUCGUUCUUCAACUCGUCCUCUCCUCAUCACCGUCCCUCCACUCUUUCCUUUCUCUUCCUCUCCUCCCUCAUUUCACAUCUCUUUCCUCAGUCCUUUUCUUUCCUUUCCUCUCUCAUCUCCUCAUCCCUCUCUCCCCCCUCUUCUCCUCUCUCUUCCUCCCACUCUUUCUCACAGUGCCCUCCUCUCCUCCUUCAUCCACCUCUACCUCUCUAAAAUCCUGACCUUUUCUAUCCUCCUCUUCUCCCACUCCAUAUUUGUCUUCCUCUCUUCAUCUCCAGCUCCAUCUCGACUCCACGCGUCUCCUACUCUUUUUCUUUCAUCUCUCCUCUCUGUUAGUCUCUCUCCUCCUCCUCCUCCUCCUCCUCCUCCUCCUCCUCUCUUCCAGCGGUAGAGAAUCACAGAACAGCGGCAGCAGCAGUGUCACUCAGCACGCCGACGACUCGCAUGAAAGUGAGGACCUCUGCUUUUCUUUUUCUUACCUCGUUUAUUUGUGGGGGGGUUUUUCCAUCUCCUCCUCCUCCUCCUCUUCUUCUUCUUCUUCUUCUUCUUCCCAUUCACUCAUGUUUCCUUCAUUUCUUCUCUACUUUUUCGGUCCUUUUUUCUGCCUCACUGAUCUUUUCUCCGGCGUGCAGCAGUAUGAGGGUACCAUGCAUUACAAAUAGGGUUUGUGUCCUUGCUCCCACUAGAGCAUGUAGCUAUAUGCUUCUUUAUUAUUUUUUCUUUUGCAUCUCACUGGAAAUAAGUAGGCCAGUCUUGUAGGUUUAAAGCAGGAUGUCAACCUCUGGGCUCAGAUGUGCUUGUGACUGGAUAUUUUACCAGACACUCUGUCUGCAGUGAAGCACUGGAGGUGGAGAGAAUAAUGGGGACCGUAACGUCAGUGAUUUAACCAGGAUGGAUUUAUCGGAUGUAUUCACGUCCGUAAUGGCCACAAUGCCGACCACGCUGCCACCAAACUCUUCUUUGGAGAACGUCAACCAGACGUCCUCUUCCUCGCCGAGGUCUCCUCCUCUACCUCCUCACUCACAGGUGGCGUCGGUGUUCAUCGUGCUGGUGGUCACGGUCAUCAUCCUGGGGACCGUGGUGGGUAACGUGCUGGUGGUGGUGGCGGUGUUCACCAGCCGAGCCCUGAGGGCGCCUCAGAACCUCUUCCUGGUGUCUCUGGCUUCUGCAGACAUUCUGGUGGCGACGUUGGUCAUCCCGUUCUCCUUGGCUAAUGAGGUCAUGGGCUACUGGUACUUUGGUUCCACCUGGUGCUCCUUCUACCUGGCUCUGGACGUCCUCUUCUGCACUUCCUCCAUCGUCCACCUCUGCGCCAUCAGCCUCGACCGCUACUGGUCCGUCACCAAAGCCGUCAGCUACAACCGCAAACGGACGCCGAAACGGAUUAAAGUGAUGAUCAGCAUCGUGUGGCUCAUUUCUAUCGUCAUCUCCUCCCCGCCGCUCCUCAUGAAGCAGAAGGAGGAGGAUUUUGGGACGGAGGAGGAGAGCGACACCCGGAGGCAGGAGUGUCUCAUCAAUAACCAGACGUGGUACAUCCUGUCCUCCUGCCUCGUGUCCUUCUUCGCCCCGGGAGUCAUCAUGAUACUAGUUUACUGUAAGAUCUACCGUGUGGCAAAGCAGCGAGCCUCCACUGUGUUCGUGGCGAAGAACGUGAUGGAGCGUCAGCCGUCGCAGUCUGAGACCUGCUUCGUGGGAGCCGCCAGGACUUGCCAAAUAAAGGGAGCCGGCUGCUGUGAAUCGCAGUACGAGCUGGACAGCCCGCGGCCGGCGGUCCGACACAGCUCCUCCAACAUAGACAGCAACAGCAGCGGCAUCAGGAGGGGAGAGCUGGACGAUAUCGACUUGGAGGAGAAGAGCUGCGAACCGGACGUGAAAACGUCCUCCUCGUUUUCGGCGGCUCUUCGUUUCUCCAGGAGAGCCGUUGGAGGUGUGAAAACAGAGGAGGGCAAGGACGGGGAGGGAAACAGGUUGAAGCCUCCUCCUCCUUCCUGCGCCUCCAUAUCCUGGGCGUCAUCCGACCAGUGCUCCCACCACUUACUCCUCCCGUCUCCGGUGCCGCUCCGCAGCAGGCAGAUGUCUCUGUCCAAAAACAAAGUGGCGCAAAUGAGGGAGAAGCGCUUCACGUUCGUCCUGGCCGUGGUCAUGGGCGUUUUCGUCCUCUGCUGGUUCCCGUUCUUCUUCACUUACAGUCUGCACGCCGUCUGCAGAGAGAACUGCACGAUCCCCGACUCUCUCUUCAACCUGUUCUUCUGGAUCGGAUACUGCAACAGCUGCCUGAACCCCAUCAUAUACACCGUCUUCAACCGAGACUUCAGGAGGGCCUUCAAGAAGAUUUUAUUUGAAACUCACAAACGAACAUAAGAUGUGAAUGUAUGAGUGUGUGUCUGUGUGUUACUGCUCUCUGCUCACACACACACACACACACACACACACACACACACACACAGAGGCAAACACAAGUGUGUGUCCUGUUUUCCACUGUGCUGUCAAACCGACAUUAAAGGGC